AUGCUUCUGCUUGGUAUCUUAACCCUGGCUCUCGCCGGGGGACCGGCUGGAGGGUCGGAGCCAGAUCAGGAGGUGGUGGUCCCCAUCCGACUGGACCCGGACAUCAACGGCCGCCACUACUACCGGAGGGGUCCCGAAGACUCCGGGGAUCAGGGACUCAUUUUUCAGAUCACAGCAUUUCAGGAGGACUUUUACCUACACCUGACUCUGGAUGCUCAGUUCCUAGCGCCCGCCUUCGCCACUGAGCAUCUGGGCGUCCGCCUCCCGGAACUCACCGGGAGCUCUCCAGACUUGCGACGUUGCUUCUACUCUGGGGACGUGAACGCCGAGCCAGAUUCUUUCGCCGCUAUGAGCCUGUGCGGAGGUCUACGCGGAGCUUUUGGCUACAGAGGCGCCGAGUAUGUCAUUAGUCCGCUCCCCAACGCCAGCGCGCAGGCAGCACAGCGCAACAGCCAGGGCGCACACCUCCUCCAGCGCCGCGGCGUCCCCGGCGGGCCUCCCGGAGAUCCCACCUCUCGCUGCGGGGUGGCCUCAGGCUGGAACCCCGCCAUUCUGCGGGCGCUGGACCCUUACAAGCCGCGGGGGACCGGCUUGGGAGAGAGUCGCAGUCGGCGGAGGUCCGGGCGCGCCAAGCGCUUCGUGUCUAUCCCGCGGUACGUGGAGACCCUGGUGGUGGCUGACGAGUCAAUGGUCAAGUUCCACGGCGCGGACCUGGAGCAUUAUCUGCUGACGCUGCUGGCCACGGCGGCACGACUCUACCGCCAUCCUAGCAUCCUCAACCCCAUCAACAUCGUCGUGGUCAAGGUGCUGCUUCUCGGAGACCGCGACACAGGGCCCAAGGUCACGGGCAACGCGGCCUUGACGCUGCGCAACUUCUGCGCCUGGCAGAAGAAGCUGAAUAAAGUGAGUGACAAACACCCAGAGUACUGGGACACGGCCAUCCUCUUCACCAGGCAGGACCUGUGUGGGGCCACCACCUGUGACACGCUGGGCAUGGCUGAUGUGGGCACUAUGUGCGACCCCAAGAGAAGUUGUUCUGUGAUCGAGGAUGAUGGGCUUCCAUCAGCCUUCACCACUGCCCAUGAACUGGGCCACGUGUUCAACAUGCCCCAUGACAACGUGAAAGUGUGUGAGGAGGUGUUUGGGAAACUCCAAGCCAACCACAUGAUGUCUCCAACACUCAUCCAGAUUGACCGCGCCAACCCCUGGUCAGCCUGCAGUGCUGCUAUCAUCACCGACUUCCUGGACAGCGGGCAUGGCGACUGCCUCCUGGACCCACCCAGCAAGCCCAUCUCCCUGCCUGAGGACCUGCCAGGGGCCAGCUACACCCUGAGCCAGCAGUGUGAGCUGGCCUUUGGCGUGGGCUCGAAGCCCUGUCCCUACAUGCAGUACUGCACCAAGCUGUGGUGCACCGGCAAGGCGAAGGGGCAGAUGGUGUGCCAGACCCGCCACUUCCCCUGGGCAGACGGCACCAGCUGCGGCGAGGGCAAGUUCUGCCUCAAGGGGACCUGUGUGGAGAGGCAUAACCUCAAUAAGUACAGGGUGGAUGGCUCCUGGGCCAAAUGGGAGCCCUAUGGCGCCUGCUCGCGCACCUGCGGUGGGGGUGUGCAGCUGUCCCGGAGGCAGUGCCGCAACCCCACCCCUGCCAACGGGGGCAAGUACUGCGAGGGAGUGAGAGUGAAAUACCGAUCCUGCAACCUGGAGCCCUGCCCCAGCUCAGCUUCAGGCAAGAGCUUCCGGGAGGAGCAGUGUGAGGCUUUCAAUGGCUUUAACCAUAGCACCAACCGGCUCACCCUCGCUGUGGCGUGGGUGCCCAAGUACUCCGGCGUUUCUCCCCGGGACAAGUGCAAGCUCAUCUGCCGAGCCAACGGCACCGGCUACUUCUAUGUGUUGGCACCCAAGGUGGUGGAUGGCACACCAUGCACUCCUGACUCCACCUCGGUCUGUGUCCAAGGCAAGUGCAUCAAGGCUGGCUGUGAUGGGAACCUGGGCUCCAAGAAGAAAUUCGACAAGUGUGGGGUGUGUGGGGGCGACAAUAAGAGCUGUAAGAAGGUGACAGGCCUCUUCACCAAGCCCAUGCACGGCUACAAUUUUGUGGUGGCCAUCCCCGUGGGCGCCUCGAGCAUUGACAUCCGCCAGCGUGGCUACAAGGGGCUGAUUGGAGAUGACAACUACCUGGCCCUGAAGAACAGCCAAGGCAAGUACCUGCUCAACGGGCACUUUGUGGUGUCGGCCGUGGAGCGGGACCUGGUGGUGAAGGGCAGCCUCCUGCGCUACAGCGGCACGGGGACGGCGGUGGAGAGCCUGCAGGCUUCCCGGCCCAUCCUGGAGCCGCUGACCGUGGAGGUCCUCUCCGUGGGCAAGAUGACGCCACCCCGGGUCCGCUACUCCUUCUAUCUGCCCAAAGAGCCUUGGGAAGACAAGGCCUCCCACCCCAAGGACCCCCGGGGCUCCUCUGUGCACCACAACAGCGUCCUCAGCCUCUCCAAUCAAGUGGAACAGCAGGACGACAGGCCCCCUGCGCGCUGGGUGGCAGGCAGCUGGGGACCUUGCUCUGUGAGCUGUGGCAGUGGCCUGCAGAAGCGGGCGGUCGACUGUCGCGGGCCCCCCGGGCCACGUGCGGCAUCCGCCUGCAGUGCAGCCCAUCGGCCAGUGGAGACAAGAGCCUGUGGGGAGCCCUGCCCGACCUGGGAGCUCGGCGCCUGGUCGCCUUGCUCCAAGAGCUGCGGCCGGGGGUUUAAGAGGCGUCCACUCAAGUGUUUGGGCCCCGGAGGGCAGCUGCUAGCUCGGGACCAAUGUAACCUGCGCCGGAAGCCCCAGGAGCUGGACUUCUGCAUCUUGAGGCCGUGCUGA